UCCCGAGCAGCGCUCUCGCGAGAUCUGGUGCAAAUUCCCGUUUGAGGCGGAGCGGCGCUCCUUCUCUUCAAGAAUUUGGCCUGCAUCAUGUUGUCCCGCUUACUGAAAGAUCACCAAGCCAAGCAAAAUGAACGCAAAGAGCUACAAGAAAAGCGGAGGAAAGAAGCUGUUGCAGCUGCUACCCGUCUCACUGAAGCGCUUGUGGAUCAUCUGAACGUUGGAGUGGCCCAGGCCUACGUGAAUCAACGGAAAUUGGAUAAUGAGGUAAAAACUCUGCAGAUCCAGGCAGCCCAAUUUGCCAAACAAACACAGCAGUGGCUUGGUAUGGUGGACAACUUCAACCAGGCACUAAAGGAAAUUGGUGAUGUGGAGAACUGGGCAAGAAGUAUUGAGAUGGACAUGAGGACUAUCGCCACUGCCCUAGAGUAUGUCUAUAAAGGGCAGCUACAACCGGCAACGUGAUACAUCAUGCGCGAAUCAAGAAAUGGGCACUUUGUGAGGAAGAAACGGAAUUGCCUUCAGAAGAUAAAGCUGCCGUUCAAAACACAAGCUCUGUAAAACAAGAUUUCCAACAGGAGGAAUGCAGUAAGCCUGGAAUGCCCUUCCUAAUUCUAAUGAAGAUAAGAACUAUAAAAUAUUCCUCCCACUGUGAUGACUGUUAGCUACAAUAAUCUAGAAAUGAAUGCGCAUAUGCAAGACCCAAUGCAUUUGCUUUCCCAGGGUGUAAUAGUCCCAAAAAUAGAAUGUGCACGUUAAGAUAUUAAAUAAAAUACCUGCAAACCUAUUUCAUAUUUUACUGCAAAAAUAAUGUGUGCCUUUUCUAGUUGUUAGCAGCAAGUUUUGUUUCAAAAUAAACACAUCCAUGAGUAUCAGUGGUAGAAAUAUUCAGUGGAAUGCUGCCCUUGUGAAAAGAAAAUUAUUACAUUUUAAUUGAUUCCCUUUACAAGCCCUAUCCUCGGCCAAACAUUUUGCAUCAUGGGCUGCUGUGCUGUGUAAUACUGCAAUUGUUUGCCAAAUAAAGGGUAUUAUUGCUUCUCA